GACAAUUCUACCGUAUUUACGAGAAAAGAAGAGUUUGAGGGUCAGUUUGCUGUGAUAAUCGUACCGGUGAUACUGACGGUACUACAUAUCAGACUGAUGCGUUACAUUGUGCCCUUGCCGUGGAUAUGUUGGAGUUCAGUGGUCAUGUGAGAAGCGUCUUCCAUAUAUGACAUUGGUGCACGCUGUCGAUUAUCAUCCCUCGUAUUCGCUCGAGUCUGUGUCUGCGCCGCUGCGCUCCAACCGCGUGUGCUGCCCGGCGAGCGGCCGCCGUUCCGACCCGCUGACGGCCCGGCCCGUGCCGACCAGCCGCGCCGGCAGACCGCUCCCACCGCCAUGGAGUCGGCCAUGACGAUGGAGACCGACCCGUGGCUGGAGAAGAAGUCGGACGGCCUGGAGCACCAGUACAGCGUGCGGGCCGACCAGCUGAGCCAAUCGGUGGACGACAUCGGCCUGCUGGCCACCGCCGAGCCCACUGAGCCGCCCGAGUCGCCCCAACCGCCGACCUCGCCAUUCAAGGUGACCAUGUACCAGUGCGCCCAGUGUAAGACCACAUUCAGCACGCUGGACAUGUGUGUCAGCCACCAGUGCGGCCUGGCGGCGGACUCUGUGGUCGACUCGACUCAGCCGCAGUCCCCGGAGCAGCCGGCGCAGGGCGCGCCGCGGCAGUCGGAGGCCCAGCAGGCGUCCGGCCGCAGCCUGGCGCAGCAGCUGGACGACAGCCAGGGCAGCAAUUACCGUUGGGGGCAGCACGACACAUUGGCGCUGAUGGAAAUUCUCACUAGCAGCGCGGACAAGUUCAGCAACCCAAACAUCAAGCGAAAGUUCAUCUGGAAAGAGGCCUGUGACAAAAUGCUAGAAAAAGGUUUCAGCAUAAGCCAGUUACAAUGCGAGAAUCGCUGGAAGACGCUGAAGGCCAUGUGGCGCAAGUCGCAGGCCUCCAGCUCGUCGCCGGCCUUCUUCCGUGAGAUGUGUGAAAUCGCCGAGCAGUACCCGCAGCUGAUGGUGGACAGCAGCCUGGGAGGCGGCGACACCGGCCGCGUCGACCGAGCGACCGUGCCGGCAGGGCACGUGAAGACCAACUGGACCCGCGAGGCGUCGCUGACAAUGCUGGCGCUGCUGAAAGCGCGCGCCGCCGACUUCUCAGAUCCUAGCAUCAAACGGCGCGCCCUGUGGACAGAUAUCUCCGACGCGAUGCGAGACAUUCACAUGGAGUAUACGCCAGAACAGUGCGAGGGACGCAUGAAGACGCUGCUCCAAGCAUACAAACGGGCGCAGACGCGGUGGGACCUGACGGGCGAGGGCGCCGAGUCGGACUGCUACUACCAGGUGGACGAGCUGGUGCAGCUGAUCCCCGAGCUGGCCGGCAGCGCCGCCGGACGGGCCGCCGCCGCCGUCGACGCCAGUCUGGCGCCGGGCACCGGCAGGAAGGUGACGGCGGCCGGCCCGCGGCGGCGCCGGGCCGGCCGCGCCGCGCGCCAGCGCGACCUGGUCACAUGGCUGGAGAACUGGCUGCAGGAGCAGCGCCGCUGGGACGAGGGUGUGCAGGCUGUGCUGCGCUCCCAGCACGCCGAGCGGCUGCGCGUGCUGACCGAGAUCCGGGACGAGCUGCGGGCGGGCGGCGCGCGUGUGCCCACCACGCGGCCGCCGCCGCCACUGCCGGCGCUGCCCCAGAUCAAACACGGAGUUAGUCCGUCACAGACAGACAGCGUGGUGGCACAGGUGUUCCUGACGUGAUUCGCACAAAGUGUGAUAACCGUGUCAUUAUUCUCAUCGUCAGUCAUUGUAAAUACACACGCGUAUCCACUUUA